AUGCUAAGAACCCCGAUGUUGGGCAGGAGCCGUCCCAAGUCCUCAGGUUUCUCCACUUUGACCAAGCAGGUGUGGGGGACCCUACGAAGUCGUCGGCUAACACCGGAGCGACGGUGUGCUCAGCUUCCCUGCGCACAGAGAAGCAGGAUCAACGCCUUACACCCCCUCUGGAAAGGCCUGGCCUUCGUGCCAGGGGGCACCCGGCAGUCCCCCAUCAACAUCCGCUGGAGGGAUAGUGUCUACGACCCCAGUCUGCAGCCCCUCCGGGUCUCCUAUGAUGCGGCGGCCUGCCUCCACAUCUGGAACACCGGGUACCUCUUCCAAGUGGAAUUCGAUGACGCCGCUGAGGGGUCAGGAAUUAGUGGUGGCCCCUUGGAAAACCACUACCAACUGAAGCAGUUCCACUUCCAUUGGGGAGCAGUGAAUGAGUGGGGCUCAGAGCACGCGGUGGAUGACCACGUGUACCCGGCAGAGCUGCAUUUAGUUCACUGGAAUUCUGUGAAAUACCAAAGUUACAAAGAAGCCGUAUUGGGAGAGAAUGGCUUGGCUGUGAUAGGAGUAUUUUUAAAGCUGGGGGCCCAUCACGAAGCACUGCAGAAGUUGGUGGACGUCUUGCCAGAAAUAAAACAUAAGGAUGCUCAGGUGGCCAUGGGCCCCUUCCAGCCCUCCUAUCUGCUGCCCACCUGCCGGAAUUACUGGACCUACCCAGGCUCCCUCACCACUCCUCCCCUAACGGAGUCAGUCACGUGGAUCAUCCAGAAGAAGCCCAUUGAAGUGGCUCCGAACCAGCUGGCUGCAUUUCGCACGCUCCUGUUUUCUGCACUUGGUGAAGAAGAGAAGAUAAUGGUGAAUAAUUACCGCCCCCUUCAACCCCUGAUGAACAGAAAGGUCCUUUCAUCCUUCCAGGCCAUUGAAGAGGGCACCAGAUCUUAAAUUUAUUAUGUUCAAGUCAAUGAUUAGAACUGACUUUAAAAAGAGGAAAUAUUGUUUCCCACGUAUCAUGGUCUGAUCAUCCAUAACCUCUGAAAUUAAAAAGAAAGACAGAGAUCAUUGUUUAGCCAAUGUACUUUUCAGUUGCAAUAAAAAGAAUCACUUCAAAGAA